GGUAUAAAAGCACAAAUUCAAGUUUCAUUCGUAUAAAAUUUUACGCGUUAAUUCGUAAAUAAGGUACAAUAUUAGCAAUUGUGUAAGAGAUAGCUACUACCUCUGCUUGUUGGUACGUCUGAUAACGCAAAAAUCAUAUCUUUGGUAAAGUUACCUCUUGGGGCCUAAACAGGCGCAGUCGGGUUUCUUUGGCCAUGAUGGAUGGUGUGGCAGCAGAAGUAAAUGGUGGAGGUCUUCCUUCGCCUCGAAAAAAAUUUCGUUUGCAGAAUGUUCCUAAAGUGACAGUUGUGUUGGGCGCUCAGUGGGGCGAUGAAGGGAAAGGAAAAGUGGUGGAUAUGCUUGCAACAGGGGCAGACAUAGUUUGUAGAUGUCAGGGUGGAAAUAAUGCUGGCCAUACAGUGGUUGUUGAUGAACGAGAGUAUGAUUUUCAUCUGUUACCAAGUGGAAUAAUCAACCCCGAAUGCAAAUCCUUAAUUGGUAAUGGUGUGGUCAUUCAUCUACCUGGUUUAUUUGAGGAGUUAGAGAAGAAUGCUGCAAAAGGCCUGUCAAGAUGGGAGGACCGGUUGCUGGUAUCGGAUCGGUCUCAUCUAGUCUUCGACUUCCAUCAGCAAGUCGAUGGACUCCAAGAACAAGAAAAAGGAAAACAGUCCCUUGGUACAACGAAGAAGGGAAUUGGGCCAACAUAUUCAUCGAAAGCAACACGCAAUGGAAUUCGUGUUGCUGAUUUAAUAGGAGAUUUUGAAAUAUUUGCUGAAAAACUGAAAUCUCUAGUAAGAAUGUACCAGAGAAUGUUUCCUGAGCUUAAGGUUGAUGUUGAGUCUGAAUUAGUAAGGUACAAAAAAUAUGCUGAGCGAAUUCGUCCAUUUGUUGUUGAAUCUGUUUCGUACCUGCAUACAGCUUUGCGUAUGGGGAAAAAGGUUUUAGUAGAAGGUGCAAAUGCAGCAAUGCUGGACAUUGAUUUUGGGACCUACCCGUAUGUGACAUCAUCAAACUGCAGCAUAGGUGGUGUGUGUACUGGACUAGGUCUUCCACCUUGUAAUAUUGGAGAUGUAAUUGGAGUAGUUAAAGCUUACACAACAAGAGUUGGAGAUGGACCCUUUCCAACAGAGCUAUUAGAUGCAAAUGGUGAGCUCCUCCAAGAACGUGGUAGUGAAGUAGGUGUUACAACAAAGAGGAAAAGAAGAUGUGGCUGGCUGGACCUGCCACUUUUACGAUAUACCACUUUAGUUAAUGGCUAUAGUUUAAUAUGUGUAACAAAAUUAGAUAUACUCGAUACAUUACCAGAAAUAAAGAUUGCUGUAGCAUACAAGAAGAAAGGCAAAGAGCUAAACUACUUCCCUUCAAGCAUCAGCGAACUUGCUUCAGUAGAGGUCGAAUAUGAAACUCUUCCAGGUUGGCAAAAGAGUAUUGAAGAUGUCCGAGAAUAUGAUAAAUUGCCACUAAAUGCCAAGAGGUAUAUUGAAAGAAUUGAAGAGUGUCUUGGAGUUCCAAUUAAGUGGAUUGGCGUUGGCAAAGGAAGAGAAUCCAUCAUCAAUGUCUUCUAGUAACCAUCAGUGAAGUGAUCACAUAUUGCAGAACAUUAUCUUUCUUCAUAUUAACUGUAGUAUGGCUCCCACCUUCUCUAGGUCUAGUCAGGACAGAAGUUCUUUGCACAUAAACUGCAUCAGUCACAUAAAAUAUGCCAAAAGUGUUCUGUUGUCUUCUUUUCUGUUAUGUUGAAGAUACUACAGAGUCCUUAUUUCAGUAUUCGUGUAUGUUAUGUGACCAGUUUUAAAAAUCUGUUAUGGUGGAAAUAGUAUCUUUUUAAAAUGUAAAUGGAGCAUUUUUUAUCUUUUGGAAUCUCACUUUAUUGCAGCAGCUCACAGAUGUUUGUCUUUUGAAAACACAAACGUGGUGGCUGGGUGUUUAUUAUUCUUUUAAUGGUUCAUAUUCGCACAAACUGAGGCAGAUGAUAGGCUCAAUCUUUAACACAAAUUUUACUGUAGGAAGAACUUAUUCAGCAAAGGUGUGCAUAUUUGUGUUACUACACAAUCUGUGAUAAUACAGACCAGCCACAUAAAUUCAUCAUACAGUAGGACUUAACUUUUGACUAUUGUCGAAUUUCAUCAAGUACUUAUGCAGUUGAUUUCUGAAAGAGGGAAGAGACUGUAGAUUAUGAUUAAAAUGUUUAUUGUAAUUGUGAUCCAUGAGAGCAGCAUCUUGUAUGCAUGUAGCUUUGGUCACGACUGUAUUAUUAUUCUGCUCCAUAGCUCUAAUACAAUUGUAUAUCAUAUUGUGCUGUGGAUGUUAAUGUUGAAGACACCAACAAACUGCAGAUUUUGUAAUGGCAUAAAGAAGUGUGUUUGACACUAAUCAGUCAGCACUAAUUAAUCCUAGAAAAUCAUUCCAAAAGAGCGAAAGUCACAUGAGUGCAAUCUCUCUUCACACUCUUUUUGAAAUUAUAUCAGACAUAAUUAAUUUUGCAUUAUUAAUUCAAAUAAUUUGCUUCCAUAUUUUAUGAAUUAUUUUGAAUGUCUGUCACUUAUUUGGUAUUUAUUAGUGAUUGAAAUUAAUGUUCGCUUGUAGUCGCCUUUCUGUGUAAUCUUUAGUAUUUGGCGUGUCUUAUCAAGUGAGUAGUAAAAAUGUAGAAUAUUUGUAAACCAAUGUACGACAUCAUUAACCUGUUGUCUUUUUUGAAUAUGUUUCUCCUUUAAGGCAGAAACCAAAAGACAGUUUUUCUUGUCAUUUUUAAAGAUUGCAAACAACCCACAUGGGAAAAAUCAUUUAAAAUUUGAUUGUAAAUUGGAGCACUUUAUAAUCGUCAUUCACGUUUACAGUUCUAAAAAUUCUAUCUUUAACAUAAUGCUGUUCGGUCACUUUCGAAUGAAGUGAGCUGAAAACAUUCACCCAGUGUGGACACUACUUGACUAGUGUCCUGUUAAUGUAAAUGUGGUUUGCUUGAAACAGUGUGCAAGACACACAGAUAUAUUUAUUCUCUGUUCAGUGAACAUAAAUCAAGUUCCUAAUAUACCUUUCUGUGCUUAAUACCCUGACAUGACAUGAAGGAAGUUAUAAAUGUCAUGAAUGUGUGCAUUCAGCUGCAAAAUUUCAUAAAUUGUUAUAACUCAGAAAUCAGGAAGAGAAGUUCAGUUAAAUAAUGAAUCAUGAAGAUCUCUGCUAACACAGAAAUGAAAUUUUCUGUGUUAAUAGUAGUCUUAUUUAUAUAUGCAAGUAAUGUUAUUAAAAGACAGCCAGCUAUAGCCUUAAAUAUCUGACACCUACUUGAUUGAUACAUCAGCGAAUGAAAGGUACUAUUAGCUGUAUGAGGUGUAUAUCUGAAAUGAACCUUUUGUAUCCUGUGUUAAGGCACAGGUGUUGAAAUUUAAGAUUUUUAGAGCAUUGUUUGUUACAUUGUAUAAUUGUCAUUUACAUUUUAAUUUUUGCACAGUUUGUUAGAUUGAUCUCUAUUGCCCAGUAUUAGGUUAAAAAAGAAUUUGUGGUUGAAACAAUGCAACAAAUCUCUCAGAUGAAUUCUGAGUAUCUUUAGAGUAGAAAAUUUAAUAAGGGUGCUAUUAACAUAGUACCUUAUAUACUACUUAAAAUGUGAAAUUGCUGUUACAUGUAUUUAAAAAAGAAGCUUCUUUUAGAGAUAAAAUUUAAAGGCUGUGUUGUCAUGCUAUAGUCCAGUUAAGUGGAGAGCAUUUGAAUUAAAUGGCUUUUGGACUUUGUAAUGAAAGGAAUGGUGUUACAUUGUAAGAUGGGGACCUUAUCAUAAACAUUUAGCAACAUCAUUCAUCGUGGACAAUGUCAGUGUUCCCCUUUCAUUUCCAUGUAGAAAGGAAAUUUAUUUAAUCAUCAGAACUUAUUUUGAUACUUAUUUUUAUUGUUGGAAGAAAAUGAUCACUUGUCUAUGAUAAGAGACUGUGCCUCUCCUCAAAAACUCUGUUAAAUCAAGAUGUUAAUAUUCAUGGAAGUAUCAAAGCAAUAAAAUCUUUUCUGGUCUCUGAA